ACUCAUCACUCAAAACAGAUACAGAAUUUUAAAAUUUCUCCAUGCUUUGAUCAGGACAGAUCUCUGAAAGCGUUUUAUGUAUGUAUUAUUUUUAUGUGUUUACAGUGUUUGUAAAUUCUAUUCGAUGAAAGCUUGUUAAUUUGUGAACUUUUUCCAAAACCCAUCGUCGAAGUUUACCGAAGAAUAAAAGCAUUGCUGAUAAAACUUAGAGACAUGUCCGAUAUAUAUCGAGAACGUUUGUGUGAUGUUCUGCGAAGUGCUGAGGAUUUAUAUCCUAACCAAAUCAUUCCAUUCACCGCGGAUGACGUUGACGACAUCUGUAAACUGAAAGUUCUUGUUCAUAUAUGGAUGACGAUAGACUUGAAAGCGCAAUUUGUGAACGUGAAGGGUAAUGAAGGAGGUACAGACGUUGUAGAUGGAGACUACCGUCCGACUAAUGUUCCGGCGAACUGGCAUGAAAGCGGUGUAAAUAACUUGGAUGCGACGUACAAACAUGCUGGACGUACGUUUGAUUUCAACUUCGCGUAUAACAAACGAAAGGAUAUCUAUGUGAUCACUGUUGUGGAUGACGCUACACGUUACUCAGAAAGCGCAGUCAUAAACGAAGUUCCUGGUGAUUGUGAGGAGGAAAAUUCAGUUGAAGAUGAAGCCAUCAUCACCGAUAUCAUGAGACAGUUGUACCGACGGAUUGAUGCGUUUAUGGAGGCCGUCCAGUCACCAGACUACAAACCCAGAACACACAAGUCUGGCUCAAAGAAGCAAAAGAAGUAGAUAUUUUACGAAUGAAUCGUUUGUUGGACUUGCAAUGAUGUUCCUAAAUCCUAAAGAAAGAAGCUUUUUUUUGAAUCGCAGUUUCAUGAUUAAUAUUCCUAAUUUAACGUGAUAUUUUUCUAUUUUCAUGUAAUUGAAGCGUUUUGUUACUUUUGUUGAUUUCUAUUCUGUACAAAUAAUUGAAACUUUAAAAACACA